AUGAGUACACAAUGUGUUGUUGUUUCAGAAAAGAUUCAAUACCUUUUUGACGAUUCUAACACACUUAGUGGUUUGUGGGGUGCGUGGUUACCAUAUUCUGCAUGUUCAGUAACAUGCGGCGGGGGUCAGAAGAUUAGAACGAGAGACUGCGACAGUCCGGCCCCGGCUUAUGGAGGAGACGCUUGUCCGGGUAUUGGUUCAGAAACGUUGCCAUGUAAUACACAAGUUUGUCCAGUGGAUGGUAACUGGGGGUCUUGGUCCACUUUUGGAUCCUGUACAGUAACCUGUGGGGGUGGAACACAAACCCGUACAAGAGUAUGUGAUAGUCCUGUCCCAGCUAAUGGGGGAAAUACCUGUCCUGGUUCUACUACAGACAAUCAAGCUUGUAACUCAGUUGCUUGUCCAGUGGAUGGUAUUUGGGGGGCUUGGUCUAGUUAUGGAUCUUGUACAGUAACAUGUGGAGGUGGAACACAAACUCGUAGUAGAUCUUGUGAUAAUCCUGCUCCAGUUAAUGGGGGAGCUACUUGUUCCGGUUCUUCUACAGAAAAUCAGCCUUGUAGCACAGCUUUAUGUCAAGUGGAUGGUAUUUGGGGGGCUUGGUCUAGUUAUGGAUCUUGUACAGUAACAUGUGGAGGUGGAACACAAACUCGUAGUAGAUCUUGUGAUAAUCCUGCUCCAGCUAAUGGGGGAGCUACUUGUUCCGGUUCUUCUACAGAAAAUCAGCCUUGUAGCACAGCUUUAUGUCAAGUGGAUGGUAUUUGGGGGGCUUGGUCUAGUUAUGGAUCUUGUACAGUAACAUGUGGAGGUGGAACACAAACUCGUAGUAGAUCUUGUGAUAAUCCUGCUCCAGCUAAUGGGGGAGCUACUUGUUCCGGUUCUUCUACAGAAAAUCAGCCUUGUAGCACAGCUUUAUGUCAAGUAAAUGGUAAUUGGGAGGUUUGGUCUAGUUAUGGAUCUUGUACAGUAACAUGUGGAGGUGGGACUCAAACUCGUAGUAGAACAUGUGAUAAUCCUGCUCCAGCUAAUGGUGGAACUACAUGUUCUGGCUCGGCUACCGAAGACCAGUCGUGUGGCACAGCUGCAUGCCCAGUGGAUGGUAUUUGGGGGGCUUGGUCUAGUUAUGGAUCUUGUACAGUAACAUGUGGAGAUGGAACACAAACUCGUAGUAGAACAUGUGAUAAUCCUGCUCCAGCUAAUGGGGGAGCUACUUGUUCCGGUUCUUCUACAGAAGAUCAGCCUUGUAGCGCAGCUUUAUGCCUAGUAAAUGGUAAUUGGGGGGUUUGGUCUAAUUACGGUACUUGUACAGUAACAUGCGGAGGUGGGACUCAAACUCGUAGUAGAACUUGUGAUAAUCCUGCUCCAGCUAAUGGUGGAACUACAUGUUCUGGCUCUGCUACCGAAAACCAGUCCUGUGGCACAACUGCAUGUCCAGUUAACGGUAAUUGGGGACCGUGGUCUAAUUAUGGAUCGUGUCCAGUAACUUGUGGUAGUGGAACAAAAGCUCGUAGUAGAUCCUGUAAUAAUCCUGCUCCAGCUAAUGGAGGGGCUCCUUGUCCAGGUUCUUACUCCGAAGACAUGCAGUGUAACACAGAUUUAUGUCCAGACACCAAGUGUGCCAGUUAUGGAAGUUAUUCAUACGAUCAAAGUACCGGAGUCUGCAUCACGAUUUCUUCUGCCCCAAGCAACUUUGAUGGAGCACUAAGUGCCUGCACUGGAAGUGGCGGUACUUUAUUUAAAAUGGACUCAAUAGCUAAACGAAAUUAUGUUCAAAAACUUUUGACUGACAAUGGUAUUAAUGAUGACUCAAUUUUUAUUGGAGCUAAAGAUAAGGAUAGUACUGAUACAUUUGUUUGGAUGGAUGACACGCCAGUGGUGUGGAUCGGUACGGAUCCGACGACCACAAAUCAGAAUUGUGUUCGAAUUGAUACUACUAAAAGUCCUAUUGAAAUGGACGAAACAGGUUGCGGUUCUAGUUAUAAGUAUAUAUGUGAGCAGAGUGUAUAAAAUAUUCACUUUAAUUUUAAUCAUUCCACAACAUAAUCUUAACACUGUCAGAAAUUAAGGUGGUAGCAAGAGAUCGAUUCCCAUUGCCGGAUUUACCUACUGGCUCGUCAGGUUGAAGCCUAGGACCUCAAGAUCCAAGAUCAAAGGGGUCUAAGGCCAAGGCAUAUAAUAUAUUUUUGACGCCGCCAUAACCCUCUCUUACACGCGCGGUAGUCUAAAACAUCUGUCAUUAUGCUCGGCUUGAGGGUGGGGGUGGGGGUGGGUGGUCAUAAUAAGUGGAAUAGCCCGGUCGAUUCAAUAUGGAUGCAAUCGGCUUGAUUCAGUCCAGCCCCUAUUAUGUUUUCCUUAACAUUCAAAUGAAAAUCUGUUUGUAUUAAUUAAUUGGCGAGAUAUAUCGAGGUACGUAAAAUAUAAAGAUCACAUAAUCACAAUUCCUCCGCCAAUAAGUAUUUUUAAAUUACUAAAGCAUAUAUCCAUAAUGACCUACAUACCCCAAAGAUGUCAGUAGAAAGUUUAUGGAUUUACUAUGAAAUUAUGGGGCUUGAAAUUGUAUUAUUAUCUGUGCGAGUGGGGGUGGGGUAUCUCUUUAAAUGACCAUGUGCAAAGUACUAUUUGUUCGACGCUUAAUAAUUAUAUCCAGGAUUAUUAAGAAUAAAAUGAUUUCAUGUUUAUUGAUGUAUUUACCCACUUUUAUAAAAGGCGUCCAAAGGAUGUAGUGAAGCCUGAUGGAAUUCACCCUAAUUAUAAUGGCAAUGAACUAUUAAUGGAUAUUUUAGGUAGAACUCUGAUUUCACAAACUGUCACAAAUUAUCAUGUUUAUAACAGACCCAAUCCCAUUAGUUCUAAAGUAUUUCGCUAAUAUGAUUACAUGUAUAAUGUAUAUAAUAGACCAUUGCACAACCAUUACUAUUUCCCGCAAUAUAAUGCUUCCCCAUAUCAUAAUUGUUCUUAAGCUUGUUUGGACAUAAUUGCCCACAUAUACAUAUCUUUAUUAUCUACCCCCUGCAUGAAUGGUUUCGUAUCUCCAAUUAACCCACCUCCGUCUAAUGUUUUUCACAGCUUACGCAUUAAAUUAUGAAUAUAUAUAUAUUAUAUUUGACCCUUUUGUUUGUUGAUAAUUAAUUGUAACUAGUUAGUGUUGUUUGUUUUCAAUACCGGUAUGUUUAAUUAUUUGACCAAGAAAGGUUUGUCAUUGUAUAAACAAAACAGUGGAACUCAAAUUGAAGACUUUGAUAUUUUAGGUUUCACUGAAACACAUUUAUCCGACUCUGUAAAUGAUGGAUGGUUCUAUUAUUUUUCCUGGUUUUCAUUCACCAUUUAGAAGAGAUAAUAGUACAUUUAGUUCUUCUGACACUCUUUUAUAUGUAAGAGAAUCUAUUAGUUGUAAAAGAAGAACUGAUUUGGAACGCGAUACUCUUGAAGUCAUUUGGAUUGAAAUUGCUAUAAAAAAGACAUCACGUAUUUUAACAUGUUGUUUAUAUAGAAAUCCGGAAUUUACAGCUAAAUGGCAUGAUGAAUUUAAAUUAAUGAUGGAUUCUGCAUGGAAUCAAGGAAGGGAACUUCUCAUUUUUGGUGAUAUAAAUAUCAAUUCGUAUUGGACGGAUUCUCUCAAUUCUUACAAUUUAACUCAAAUCCUUUCUUCUCCAUCUCGUGUCAUUGUAUCUGCCCCCAACCAUAUUAAUGAAACUAAUGUGCCAUGCUAUUCUAUAUCAGACCACUCCCGAACUUGUUUGACAUGGUCCAAAAGUGGAGUAAAGAUCCCCAAAACAAAACAUAUAUAUGUUUCAUACAGAUCCUUUCGGAAUUUUGUUGAAGAUAAUUACAUGUAUGACCUUAGCUUGAUUAAUUUUGAAAAUAUUUAUCUGAUAAAUAACCCUACAGAUGCUCUUCAAAUUUGGUAUGAAUUAGUAACUCCAAUAAUUGAUCAUAAUUCUCCUAUCAGAACUAGACGUGUUAAGUUGCUAUCAAACUUCA